AUGGCUUUGGCAGAAGAGGCAGGGCAGAUAACUCCUAUGGAAGAAGAGGCAUCCUUUGUAAACAGAUCACAGGAAAUGUCUCAAGAAGAGACUGAGAAUAUUAAAGAGAACUUUUCUGAAAAGGAACUCUUUCAAAUGCUUUCAAUAAUUGCAGCUCUGGUAUUUUCUGUUACUCUCGCUGCAGCAUUCACAGUUCCAGGGAGAAUGAGAAAUGAGCAGGGCAUUCCAGUGCCAAUGCAUUCGGCUGCAAUCAAUGCUUUCAUAACAUCUAACACUUUAGCUAUGUGCCUCUCUGUGUUUGCAUUACUUCCGUUAUUACUCAGAAAAUCUUUCUCUGCGUUUCUGUUACAGGACGAGAUUUGUAAGUUUGAUCGAAAUUUGGGAAAUCAGAAAAGUGGAUAUGCCUUUGCAAGUGAACUCGUCUCCUUGGCUUUCGUGGCAGCCAUGAUUUCAUACUCAACGGAUUUUUAUGUUUUGAUAGGGGGUCGAAAGAUGGAUAGGCAGGCAAGGAAGUUAGGAGCAAAUUUUUUGGAUUCAUAG